AUGUUUUUCGGGGUUCUUUUUUUACUUUGGGUAUGUGUUGCUGGGAUUCAAUGCGAUUUGAAGAGUCUGCAGGAUCAAGUACUUAGUCUCAAAGUCGAUUCAGGAUCUCAAUCGAUAUACUGGAAUCUUUUACAACAACUAGAACAAUGUGAUGACGUCAAGAAAUUCUAUUUAGAAGACCACAUACAUUAUAGACUAGGAUUAAUUCACCUUAUAGAGAAUCAAGAGUGGAAGGCAGUUGGGUCAUUUGAGAAAGUGCGGGAAGAUCAAGGUAGCAUUAGCCAAUCUGCUGGAAAACACCUGCAUAAUUUGUAUUUGAAAUUUGGUAUUUGGGAUAAAUUGGAGAAUGGUGAUGCCAAGGAUCACUAUCUUAGAUUAAAUUCAAGUAACGUGCAGACCAUAGAGAAUCUAAAUGAAAUGCUAGAGAUAGCACCUUAUGAUUACCAUGCAAGGUCGUUGAUGCGUGUGGAACUUUUGAACAAGCUGAAGGAGGAGCUAGAUGUAUCUACAGGCCAAGAAUUUGUCUCUAACAGUGAAGUAAUUCUCGAGAAGCAUACCACUAGACUAAGUCUAGCACAGAGACUGUCGUUGCACUACGAGGCCGCAGUGAUACAGAUGCUUGUAGUAAAUUCUAUGCCUACCCAUCUUAGGAAAUGUUUGGCCGUUGAUAUGGAUUACGAACCUUGUAAAAGAUUGACACUUUUCAAUACAAGGUUGGGUAAAAUUAACCCUCCCAGAUCUCGAAUGUUAGAUCCCGAAAUGUACGCAUUUGGAGAUGAAUCAAUCGAUUGGAACAAAGUUGUAAACUUCUAUUUUAGAGAUAAAAAGCCUUGCACUAAACUACCUUCUGGUUAUAAAUUUGAAAACAAUUACAAAUUGAUAGAACGUGUAGUACAAGAGUCUCUACAGGAAACCAUUGGCGAUCUACAGGGAAAACGCUCAGACUUCCUGAAGUUUAUGGAUUCCGUUUUAUGCCAAGCAGGUUCUCAGGCUCCUAAUAAUAAAAAGCUGACUAGCACCACUUGCAAAAAAUUGGUUAAAGAUGUUUUGACCGCGGAAGAGCAUAAAGAAGUUCACAAGGCCGCUAUACAAGGUGAACAAUUACCGGAAGAUCUACUGGAAAAGUUAUGGAAUUCGUCACCCAAUGUAGCAAUGUACGUGGUCGAGGGAAUAAUGUCAAAGGCAGGUAAAAGGUCUACAGGGUUGCAGGAUCAAAUUGCCAAUUUCUUUAAACAGCAUAAAUUGUCCAACUCAAACAACAAAUACGUGAGGACGCAGCUCAAUAGCAUCAACAAUAUAAUGCAUCAAAGACAACAACAAGAUCAGCAGAGGCAAAGACAACAACAGGAAUGGUAUUUCCGUCAACAACAACAACAACAGCAAAGAUAUCAACCACCACCACCACCACUACAUACAGAUAAGGAUUACUACAAAAUCCUAAAUAUACCCAAGAAUGCUAAUGCAAAAGAAAUUAGGAAAGCCUAUUUGAAUUUUACAAAAAUGUACCAUCCUGACAAGCAAGGACAACUUUCAGAAGAACAACAAAAGAAGAACGACGAAAAAAUGUCAGAAAUUAAUGAAGCCUAUGAAACAUUAAGUGAUGAGGGGAAACGUCGUGAAUACGAUAUGGCAAGAUCAGGUCAAUAUGGUGGUGGCGGCGGCGGUGGAAUGCCUCAUGGAGGAGGCGGUAUGUUUGGCGGCGGCGGUAAUCCAUUUCAAUUCAACCAGAAUUUUAAAUUUAAUUUUGGCUUUUAA